AUGUCCUAUCAGCAGCAGCAACAAUGCAAAGUCCCCUGCCAGCCCCCUCCCCAGGUCCCUGAGCCCUGCCUUCCCCAGGUCCCUGAGCCCUGCCCUCCCCAGGUGCAAGAUCUGUGUCCCCCACCCCCCAGCCAGCAGAAGUGUCCUCCUGUUAAGUGCCCCCCAUGCCAGCAAAAAUACCCGCCAAAGCAGAAGUGA